AUGAUAUCCCUCAACACCAUCGCCAAACCCUCGCCGCCUCACCUCCGCCCCAAAAAACCCCUCAGGAGGCCGCCCAAAAUCCUAGCAGCCGCCGCCCCAAUCCGCGCCUUCCUCCAGUACAACCGCAAGCCAGAGCUAUCCGGCGAGACCCCCCGCGUCGUGGUCAUCACCUCCGGCAAGGGCGGCGUCGGCAAGACCACCACCACCGCCAACAUUGGCCUCUCCCUCGCGCGCCUCGGCUUCUCCGCCGUCGCCAUCGACGCUGACGUCGGUCUCCGCAACCUAGACCUCCUCCUCGGCCUCGAGAACCGCGUCAACUACACCGUCGUCGAGGUCCUCAACGGCGACUGCCGCCUCGACCAGGCCCUCGUCCGCGACAAGCGCUGGUCCAACUUCGAGCUCCUCUGCAUCUCCAAACCCCGCUCCAAGCUUCCCCUAGGGUUUGGAGGGAAAGCCCUAAUCUGGCUGGUCGAUGCUCUGAAAAACCGCCAGGAAGGCCCGCCGGAUUUCAUCCUAAUUGACUGCCCAGCCGGAAUUGAUGCAGGAUUCAUCACCGCCAUAACCCCGGCCAACGAGGCGGUUCUUGUCACUACCCCGGAUAUCACGAGCCUUCGGGAUGCGGAUAGGGUAACCGGAUUGCUCGAAUGUGAUGGGAUUCGGGAUAUUAAGAUGAUUGUGAACCGGGUGAGAACUGAUAUGAUUAAAGGAGAGGACAUGAUGUCGGUGUUGGACGUGCAGGAAAUGCUUGGGCUGCCAUUGUUGGGCGUGAUUCCUGAAGAUUCUGAGGUGAUCAGGAGCACGAACAGAGGUUAUCCUUUGGUUCUGAACAAGCCACCGGCCCUGGCGGGGCUUGCUUUUGAGCAGGCGGCCUGGCGGCUGGUCGAGCAGGAUACCAUGAAGGCUGUCAUGGUGGAGGAGGAGCCCAAGAAAAAAGGGUUUUUCUCGUUUUUCGGAGGGAACUCGGAGGAAAAAUGUUGUAAUGAGACUCCUUCACAGGGUGGAAAGCACAAGUUUGUAGUCUGCUCAAUUCUAAUACUGGUCGAGACAAUUCUAAUACUGGCCGAGACGUUAAAUUCAUCCAGCUACAUGACGCAUGACUCGAAAGUUGAGUCUGGUUCAAGAUUUGAGGACCUUAUAGUGACAAAAUUGGACAUGGAGGCUCUACAUUUUCCAUACAGGGCCUAG